UGGGGAAAAGUGACGCCUUAGCUACCGGUAGAGCGGGAAGUCCGGCUGCUGUGGUGUCGCUCCGCCAGGAUCUACCGACUGACUCGCCCACCUUCGAGCCUUUCUUUCCCCCCCUUUCUUCGCUCUUUUUUCCCCACACAGUGAAGCACCAUGGACCGAGACCACUUCGUUUACCAGGCAAAACUCGCCGAACAAGCCGAGAGAUAUGACGAAAUGGUUGAGUCUAUGAAGAGCGUCGCCGGAAAAGACGUGGAACUGACGGUGGAGGAAAGGAACCUGCUAUCCGUGGCUUAUAAGAACGUCAUUGGUGCACGAAGAGCUUCAUGGAGGAUAAUCAGCAGCAUCGAGCAGAAGGAGGAGAGCAAAGGCGGAGAAGACAAACUCAAAAUGAUCCGUGAAUACAGGCAAACAGUUGAGAAAGAGCUGAAAUCAAUCUGCAAUGACAUUCUGGAUGUACUGGACAAACACCUCAUUCCUGCAGCCAACACGGGCGAGUCAAAGGUUUUCUAUUACAAAAUGAAGGGCGACUACCACAGGUACUUGGCAGAGUUUGCUACAGGCAACGACAGGAAGGAAGCAGCCGAGAACAGCUUGGUAGCGUACAAAGCAGCCAGCGACAUCGCCAUGAUCGAACUGCCGCCGACACACCCCAUCCGCCUGGGGCUGGCACUCAACUUCUCCGUCUUCUACUACGAGAUCCUCAAUUCUCCGGACCGCGCCUGCAGGUUGGCGAAGGCGGCGUUUGAUGAUGCGAUUGCAGAACUGGACACACUCAGUGAGGAGAGCUAUAAGGACUCAACACUUAUCAUGCAGCUGCUACGUGACAACCUGACACUAUGGACUUCAGACAUGCAGGGAGACGGUGAAGAACAGAAUAAAGAAGCACUGCAGGAUGUGGAAGACGAGACCCAGUGAGACAUCACAUGGGACACUUCCCCCUAUUCUCUCUCUCUCUUUUUUUCUCUGUCUGUCUGUCUCUCUAUCGCAUCCCAAGUGUCUGGUCCCGUCCCUCUCAGGUCUCCAUGGUGUCACCAAAAGAGCUCCGAAGUCAACCUGUCUUUUCCACACAUUUACACUUUCUCUUCUGUAUGUCGGUUUAGCGCUCUACUCUUUUGGGUUAUUCCCCUGGCAUUUUUAAAUGUCUCUCCUCUCCCCUCUCUCUUUCCUGCCCUUAAUCAUGGCACUACAUGAAUCCACACAUGAAUUCGAUCUCCUGAGUGAAUGAGCAUUGUGGCGAACUUCCCCUGCUGGUCUAUUUGUAUAAAAGUCUCCGCGUGUCGUCUGCGUAUGGGCUUAUUUUAUGUCUCACUUUUGCUUUUAAUUCAGCGCGUGGUAGCGGUACGGCGUCAUUUGCCUCUGUUUUGUGAUUGUCAGAUUUAUUAGUUCUGUAAUCACACACAUUGUUGACUGUGUCCUGGCAGCUGGGAUACUAAAUCUUUGCUGUCUAUUCUGGGAGAUGCAACACCCUGCAAAGGGCAUUUUUUUUCCCCCCUUUCUGCUUAUAUUUUUUAAACAUUAAAAAAGGGAUGCCUAUUAUAUUUUCAGGUGCUCGUUUUUAAAGCCGUUGUGUUUGGCCACCAGUCUGUUUUUGUCGCUUUACACACACCGGCCUCUAUGCAGAACGUCGCUCCAGCAGUGCAUGUGAACAUGUCUAAUUAUUGAGUGGUGGGGAAAGACCCCAGGGGAACUCCUCAGCUUUUAUUUUUUCGUCAAACUUGUUUCAGAUGCAGGUUUCUUUGCCUCCGCUUCGGCUCUCUCUCCCUCUCCGAUUUCCUCUUUUGCUCUCUAGAACUUUCUCGUGUUCUUCUCACCCGUUCAGUAUGUGUAACUUGAAUCUGAUUUGUACUACUGGAUAUUCUGAUCGGAGCCAACACGCACCAUCUGUAUUCUUACUGAAACACAGCAUGGGAUUAACUUUAACCUUCAAAUAAAACCAAACUUAAGUUAAAAAGAA